CCUCCACAACUUCCCUCACCAGAUAUUUCUAAACUCUGUCACUGACGAACCAUUGAGUUUAACUAGUUACAGUCGACAACAAUGGAGGAGCUGGAUCGUUCCCGCGCUUUCGCCAAAGACGUCAAGCGUAUCGUCGUUAAGGUUGGAACCGGUGUUGUGACUGGAAAAAGUGGAAGACUGGCUCUUGGUCGCUUAGGAGCUCUCUGUGAACAGCUUGCGGAAUUAAACUCGGAUGGAUUUGAGGUGAUAUUGGUGUCAUCUGGUGCGGUUGGCCUUGGCCGUCAAAGGCUUCGCUACAGACAGUUAGUCAAUAGCAGCUUUGCGGAUCUCCAGAAGCCUCAGACUGAACUUGAUGGAAAGGCUUGUGCUGGUGUUGGACAAAGCAGUCUUAUGGCUUACUAUGAGACUAUGUUCGACCAGCUGGAUGUGACGGCGGCUCAACUUCUGGUGAAUGACAGCAGUUUCAGAGACAAGGAUUUCAGGAAGCAACUUAAUGAAACAGUCCAGUCCAUGCUUGAUCUGAGGGUGAUUCCUAUUUUCAACGAGAAUGAUGCUAUUAGCACCAGAAGAGCUCCUUAUCAGGACUCCUCUGGCAUCUUUUGGGAUAACGACAGCUUAGCUGCUCUACUAGGGUUGGAACUCAAAGCUGAUCUUCUGAUCAUUCUGAGCGAUGUCGAAGGUCUUUACACCGGCCCUCCAAGUGACCCUGACUCAAAACUGAUCCACACAUUCAUCAAAGAAAAACAUCAAGAUGAGAUCACAUUCGGCGACAAGUCAAGACUAGGAAGAGGUGGCAUGACUGCAAAGGUCAAAGCUGCAGUGAAUGCAGCUUAUGCUGGGAUCCCUGUCAUCAUAACCAGUGGGUAUUCAGCUGAGAACAUAGAUAAAGUCCUCAGAGGACUGCGUGUUGGAACGUUAUUCCAUCAAGAUGCUCGUUUAUGGGCUCCUGUCACAGAUUCUAAUGCUCGUGACAUGGCAGUUGCUGCAAGGGAGAGUUCAAGAAAGCUUCAGGCCUUAUCUUCAGAAGAUAGGAAACAUAUUCUGUAUACUGUCGCCGAUGCUCUUGAAGCGAAUGAGAAAACGAUCAUAGAUGAGAAUGAGUUAGAUGUGGCUGCUGCACAAGAAGCUGGACUUGAAGAGUCAUUGGUGGCUCGCUUAGUUAUGACACCUGCUAAGAUCAUGAGCCUUGCAGCUUCAGUUCGUAAACUAGCUGAUAUGGAAGAUCCUAUUGGCCGUGUUUUAAAGAAAACUGAGGUGGCAGAUGGUCUUGUUCUAGAAAAGACCUCAUCACCAUUAGGUGUACUCCUGAUUGUUUUUGAGUCCAGACCUGAUGCACUUGUACAGAUAGCUUCACUUGCCAUCAGGAGUGGGAAUGGACUUCUAUUGAAGGGUGGAAAGGAGGCCCGGCGAUCAAAUGCUAUCUUACACAAGGUGAUUACUGAUGCAAUUCCAGAGACUGUUGGUGGUAAACUCAUCGGACUUGUGACUUCAAGAGAAGAGAUUCCUGAUUUGCUCAAGCUUGAUGAUGUUAUUGAUCUUGUGAUCCCAAGAGGCAGCAACAAGCUUGUUUCCCAGAUCAAAAAUACUACAAAGAUCCCUGUUCUAGGUCAUGCAGAUGGAAUCUGUCAUGUAUACAUCGACAAGGCUUGUAAUCUGGAUAUGGCUAAGCGCAUAGUUUCUGAUGCAAAGCUGGAUUAUCCAGCAGCCUGUAAUGCCAUGGAAACCCUUCUAGUGCAUAAGGAUUUAGAGCAGAACGCUGAGCUCAAUGAGCUCAUAUUUGCUCUUCAGAGCAAUGGAGUUACUUUGUAUGGUGGACCAAGAGCAAGUGCAAUACUGAACAUACCAGAAGCACCUUCGUUCAAGCAUGAGUACUGUUCCAAGUCUUGCACUGUUGAAGUUGUAGAUGAUGUUCAUGGUGCUAUAGAUCACAUUCACGGACAUGGGAGUGCACACACAGACUGCAUUGUGACAGAGGAUCCAGAAGUUGCAGAGCUAUUCCUUCGCCAAGUAGAUAGCGCUGCUGUGUUCCACAACGCAAGCACAAGAUUCUCUGAUGGUUUUCGAUUUGGACUUGGUGCUGAGGUGGGAAUAAGCACAGGCAGGAUCCAUGCCCGUGGUCCAGUGGGAGUGGAAGGGUUGCUUACAACAAGAUGGAUAAUGAGAGGAAACGGACAAGUUGUGGAUGGAGACAAUGGGAUUGCUUACACUCAUCAAGACAUUCCCAUCCAAGCUUAGAAGACUUUGUGUUGUGUGUGUGUUUGUAUUUGAGACUUUGAAGAGGAGAGGAUGGGCUUUUAGUUUUCCUCUCUGUAUCCUAUUUUACUAUUGUUAUAUUGAAACCCUCUCUCUUAUGAGAAGUGGUUUUGAUUUUAGGGGUUUAGGGAGUGUGCACCAAAAAUAAGUUCCAUUUUACCACAUGAAGAACAUUUUUAUUAUUAGCUUCUCUUCUUGUCCAAAACAAAACUCUUUGUAAGGCUACCUACACUACACCUUUCUGAUGUUAUCUUGUA